AUGGUUAUAUGCGUAAGGAAUUUUGUUUCACCACUAUCACGAUCGAUUAUAACAAAUUUUACAUCGGUUCGCCAAAUGAAUGCUGCAGUUAAAGCAGAUUCUGUAAAAUCCUUAUUAUACAAAGAAUAUGGAGAACCUGUAGAUGUAUUACAUGUUACAACACAAGCUAUUAAUCAACCAGAAAAUAAUCAGGUUUCUGUAAAAUGGUUGUUAGCACCGGUUAAUCCAGCAGACAUAAACACAAUACAAGGUAAAUAUCCAAGUAAACCACCUUUACCAGCUAUUCCAGGAAAUGAAGGAGUAGGUGAAAUAAUAGCUGUUGGAUCUAAUGUAAAAGAUUUAAAUAUCGGUGACAGAGUUGUACCAAAUGGUGCAAACUUAGGAACAUGGAGAACACAUGCAACUUACAAUUCAGAAGAACUUAUGAAGAUUCCAAAAGAUGUGGGUACCAUAGAAGCUAGUAUGUUAAAUGUAAAUCCAUGUACUGCAUAUAGAAUGCUUAAAGAUUUUGUAGCUUUGAAACCUGGAGAUACUGUAAUCCAAAAUGGUGGAAAUUCAGCAGUUGGACAAAUUGUUAUACAAUUAUGCAAAAUAUGGAAUUACAAGUCUGUCAGUGUUGUCAGAGAGAGGCCAAACAUACAAAAAUUAAAGGAUCAUUUGACAAACUUGGGUGCAGAUGAAAUCCUUACUGAAAAUGAAAUAAGGAAAACUCAAAUUUUUAAAAGUAAAAAGUUACCUUCACCAAAAUUAGCUCUUAAUUGUAUAUGUGGACAAAAUGCAUUAGAAGUUCUGAGACAUUUAGCACAUGGAGGUAUUAUGGUAACUUAUGGUGGUAUGUCUAGAGAGCCUUUGACAGUUCCAACUUCUGCACUUAUUUUUAAGGAUAUAACUUUAAAAGGAUUUUGGAUGACGGCAUGGACGAAAACAAAUAUAAAUUCGAAAGAACGUGAAAACAUGUUCAUUGAAUUAGGAACAUUGUUUAAAGACAAAAAAUUAAAAGCUCCUCCACAUAAGUUAGUUCCAUUCUGUCAAUAUCAGGAAGCUGUUGCAAAUGCACUUAGUACUGAUGGUCGAACUGGAGUGAAGUACAUUUUGGAUAUGACUAAAUCUUAG